AUCAUAUUGUAUUUUAAAUUUUAAACUCUGUUGCAAAUAUGUCAGAUAUGUACUUCGAAAAAUAAUUUGUUACACCUUACAAUACUUGGGUAAAUUACUAAUCUAGACGAAAACUUUGUAGAUUACGAAUUUAGUACGUUUGAGCUUCAACUAGCAAGGUCUGCGUGCGCGUUUUUAAUCUAAUCUAGUGUUUGAUGUAUGAACCAUCCUUGUUUUAUUUUCGAACCGUAAAUGUGUAUCACCUUCUCUGACUGAUAAUAGUGAAUAAUGUGAUAUGAUAACAAUACCGAACAAAUAUGGAAAAUAAUCGUAGGGCUACACCAAAAUACACCUGCUACUUUUGUAAUAAAACCCUUGAAAAUGAAACGGAGGUGGGUCAUACAUCAGUGUGCGGCAGCGUUUUGGUUCCAUGCCCCAACAACUGCGGUGCUUACAUUCAAAGAAUGGCGUUGAAGAAACACAACGUCGAGUGCGUUAAUAAAACCAAUCAUACUCUGCCUAAGCAAAAAGUGAUGCGACAGCAAGUUCCAACGCAGCAAGUGCCGACACAGCAGAUUCAUCUACAGCCGGUUCCCAUACAGCCCAGUCAAAUACAGCAAACCACUUAUCAACCAGUACCGAACUAUAUGGUACAUACAGAUGAUAUCGAUGAGAUACUAAAGAAUGACAACAAGGAAGAACUCUAUAAGCUCUCUAGAAAACUUGCAGAUCUCGAAAGCCGCUUUCACUUCCAGCAAAAAAACCAAAAUCAAACGUCUGUUUCGCUACAAAACUUCGAAAAUUUAAAAACUUCCCAGCUACAGCUCAACUUAGAUAUAGAGAAGCUAAAAUACCAAACUCAAAUUGCGUACGAUUGGAGAACGAAGACUGACACAAUCAUUAGUACUUUACGACUAAAUAUAUCAAGUGUAGAGAAUUAUAAAAGGGAAAUCGAUUCGAAUUUGAUGAGUUUACAGAACAGAAUGAUGCUUAUGGAGAAAUUGCAGGACCAAAUUAGUUACCUGAAGGAUAGUUUUUUACGGGAACAAGCUUAUAACAGACAAGUCGAUAUGGAUUUCAACGAAAAACUCGAAGAAGUAAAGAAGUUGUUGGCUCAAGAGAACGCGAAGAGUGUAGCUAUACUGGGAGACCUUAAAGAUAGUGUAGAUGGUUUAAGACAAGACAUGGAAGGUGCUAAAGCCAGAUUAGAGGACCAAGGAAUUCAAUUUACAAAUAUUAUCUACGAUUUAAGAGGGGUCGGCCUAAUUGCAGAUGAAGCUAACAAGAAAAUAGAGAAGCUGGAAGAGGAUUUUACUGAAUUAAAAAAGCAAAUGACUCAGAUGAAAUUGGAUAUGGAGAUUUUAGAGAGUUUGAGUGGUUCCAGCGAUUUUAGACCAAAACCCGGGAGGUUGCUGUGGAAAAUUACCGAAGUUGAUACUAAGAUGGUGCAAGCAAAACAAUCUAAUAGUGUUAUAAAAAGUCCCAUAUUCUUUACUCAUGAAUAUGGGUAUCGUGUUCGAAUAUUAAUGUAUAUGAAUGGACUAAAAAAGUGGAAAGAUAGAUAUGCCCUGUUAUGCGUACAUGUCCUAAAGGGCGAAUAUGAUAUGGUUUUAAAUUGGCCUUGUCAUAUUGAAGGAUACGUAACGUUAAGGCCAAUAAGUGACGCAGCCGCAGUAAAACCCUUUACGAAACUCAUAACAGCCAAAAGACAAGAAGGCAACGAGGAAUGCGAAGAACCCCAAGAAUCGUCCUCGUGUUACAUCUUCAUUCCUCAUACAACAUUAUUUAAGAAUAAUUAUGUUAAGGACGACACAAUUUUCAUCGAUAUUAAAAUUAAAGAAACUAAUAAAUUGGAAACUAGUUUAUAGGAUAGGCUUAUAUAAAUGCGGAGUAUGUAGGUACCUGAUGUAUAUUUAACAUUUUUGAUUUAAAAGUUUACCUACUUUUCUCUAAGAAACACAAACUGUAUCGUGUAAUUAGAACAAUUUUAUAAAGAGAAAAGCCAAUCUAACCGAAGGUGCAAAAUAACUCUUUUAAAAAAUAUCCACUUUGGCUAUCUCUAAUAUAGGAACUUACGUUCUGCUGACGACAGCGCUGAAGCAUUUGCAGUUAAAAACUACGGUAAUAAAAUUACUUUUAGUUUGGGUAUAAUGAUUUUACGAUUUUACCGAAAAGGAGAAAAAUAAGUUAUGAUUUUGAGAAACUUGCUGGAUCAAAACGCAUGACAACUGCACUGGACAUUUUCCCUUUCUGUGAGUGCCAAUCCAUUACCGAAUGUAGGCAACCAGCAUUGCUACUCUUACUUUAUUGGUAAUAUCAGCGAAAAAAUCUGUAGUAUUUGUUUAACGGUGAUCUCAGGUUCUUUAUCCAGCAGAUUUUUUUAAGAUGCCUUUUUCCUGAUAUUCUUAUUGUAUUAUUAGUUUUAAUACUCCGUAGUUACCAUUUAUUUAAAUAUAGAAGAAUCAGUGGAAUAGAGGGUUUCGUAUGUUUUCAUUAGUUCUUUGGGCUCGCUGGACAUCCCGGGAACAUAUUGUUGUAGUUCUCUACUUUUGGUUCAAGAUGUAGCAGCUCAGAAUCUAGCAUGUCUGCAUACUUUUGCCAGUUUACCUUUGUAAAGUUAAAUCUUCUUCUGAAUGGAAUAGCUUGUGGUCUAACAAUUGGAAAGCUAUUUGUACAAUUGGUCUAUGCUGAGUUUGUGAUAUGGGGCCAUAUACUAUUUUGGUACAUCGGUCUUUGGGGUUUUUACUUGAAAAACAGAUAUCCGGGUUAUAUCCUCUUUUCCAAACUUUGCUCUGAAAAGAUGGUGAAAGUUUAGGAUCAUGGAUUAACGUGAGGCCACUCGUUUCGGCCCAUGCUUCUACUGCGUCUCCAUUUGCGCCCGAAUUUGCAUAGCCCCAGAGUAAACUGUGACUGUUAAAGUCUUUCAGUACAAGCUCAUUAGGUUGUGAUUGGAAGUUAGUUGGGGGUAAAAAAAAAAAUGGUUUGAAGGCUUGUAUACCGAGGUUAUUGUGCAUUUUCCAAUCUCGUAGUUAUUAUCUCUAUACCGUGUACAUUUGUUGUUCCCACAGAUGACAAUAUGGUUUGUGUUGUCACAAAUGCUAAAAACCACAGACCCUGAAAAAGUAAAACAAGUUAACAAAAAAAAAUAAAUAAAUAAAUGUACUACUGUAUGUAGAUCAUCAAGACAUAUUUAUAGUAAUGAAGAUUGGUUAAAAAACGUAGAGUUGUUGUACUAUAAACAAACUGUUUCGUAGUACAAGACAAAAGCACUUCGUAGACAAUUACCAAAUAAUUAAUUCUGGUACAAAUCUACUAGACCUUUAUAAGCUGGUAUACGGUUCCAGUACUCUGAAGGGGGUGUCACGAAUGAACUCGGUUACUCGGUUGAUGAUAUUACUCCACACUUUUAUUUAAUAAUUUGACAAUCCGUCCUUUCCUAUGAAUUGCAUUAUUUAAAUAUCGUGUUUGUGGAUAUUUUAGAUUCUUUUAGUCUCACAGUGCUGUUUUUGCUCACCUGGCUAGAAUAAACAUUAUAGAAUCAAGAAAGUGCUCAUGCGAUAAUAUUUCCCAGAGUGAUAAUAAUCACAUCCUCUUUAUAUAUAUUAAAACUAAAGCACUCUCAGCUACAUGUUUUGAAAACCUGGUUAAAAGUAGUGUACAACUUCCAGUAAACAUAACCCACCUACUGUCACCUGUCACUGUAUCAGAAAUCAAUGUACGAACUCAUAUGCAUCCGAUUUAUAAUAUAAAUUUGUUACAAUUAAGUGUCAAUUUAUAAGUAUAACAUAAAUUGUUCAAAAAUCUGUGGCAAAUCUGGUUGGUUUCCAUGCCAAACACAUUAUUAUUAUCAUCAUCGUCAUCAUCCCUUUAAGUCUCCCUUGAUACCAUUAGUGUAGCUGUGGGAUUAUAAGGGUAGUCUACUAUCUUCUGGAUCUACGGUAUACAAGAAAGGUAACAGGGCCAGUGUUAUACUUCAAUUUUCUAUUAUUCCCCCAGUUUUAGCCAAGUAUAACUCAGGCUGAGUUGACCUGGGAUAAAAUUAUCUAAAUGUUUUUGCCAGCGCUGUUAGACACUCUACUGCCUGAGCUACCAAAUCCGCAUUUAUAUUUUCCUGAUACGUAUUUUAUUAUUGUUUUAAAUAUUUAUUGUUGACAGACACCAAAUGUUUAUAAAUUUGUUAUAUAAAUAGGAAGAAAUGUAUUAUUUGUAAAAUAUAUGUUU